UGGAGCUGCGGGAGGGAGGAGGGCAGGAGGCAGGAUGGCACCGCCGGGGGGCGGCGGGGAGGUGUGCGAUGGGCACAGCGAUGGGCACAGCGAUGGGGACAGCGGUGGGGACAGCGGUGGGGAUAGGGACAGAGCCCCCGCAGCGGGGAUGCGGCGCCUCACCUGGGAGGAGAUCGGGCAGCGGAGCGGGCGGGGACCGGCACCGCAGGAGCGCUGGCUGGUGAUCGACAGGAAGGUGUACGACAUCAGCCACUUCUGCCGGAGACACCCGGGAGGCUCCCGGGUCAUCAGCCACUACGCCGGGCAGGACGCCACGGAUGCCUUUGUGGCAUUCCACGUUGACAAGGUGCUGGUGAGCAAGUACUUGAAGCCACUUCAGAUUGGGGAGCUGGCACCUGACCAACCCAGCAUUGAGCCUACUAAAAAUGAAAUGCUGGUGAAAGAUUUCCGGGAAUUGCGUGCUACAGUUGAGAGAAUGGGACUCCUGGAGCCAAACCAACUCUUCUUCUUCCUGCUCCUGGCUCACAUCCUGCUCUUGGAUACAGCUGCCUGGCUCAUCCUCUUCUACUUUGGGACAUCCUUGCUGCCCUUUGUUUUCUCCCUGCUGCUGCUGACCAUUUCCCAGGUCCAGGCUUCCUGGUUACAGCAUGAUUUAGGACACCUCUCAGUAUUCAGGAAAACCAAAUGGAACCACUUACUACACAAGUUUGUGAUGUGCCAUUUGAUUGGGGCCUCAGCCAAGUGGUGGACUCUCCUGCACUCCCAGCACCACGCCAAACCCAACUGCUUCCACAAGGACCCUGACAUUGACAUGCACCCUUUCCUCUUCACUUUGGGGAAGAAAUUCUCUGUGGAGCUUGGCAUCAAAAAGAAAAAAUACAUGCCCUACAACCACCAACACAAAUACUUCUUCAUCACUCUUCCUCCGCUCCUGUUCCCUACCUACUUCCACUGCCACACAUUCUACAUUGCCUACACAAAGAAGUACUGGGUGGACUUGGCCUGGAUGCUGACCUUCUACAUCAGAUUCUUUUAUACUUAUGGAUCUUUAUUAGAAACAAAGAGUCUCCUGGCAUAUUAUUUUAUAUUCAGGAUGCUGGAAAGCAGCUGGUUUGUCUGGGUCUCACAGAUGAACCACAUCCCAAUGGAUAUUGACUACGACAAGAAUUUGGACUGGAUGUCUACUCAGCUCCAGGCAACCUGCAAUGUGGAACAGUCACUGUUCAAUGACUGGUUCACAGGGCACCUCAACUUCCAGAUUGAGCAUCACCUGUUCCCCUCCAUGCCUCGGCACAACUACUGGAAGGUGGCCCCUCUGGUGAAGUCCCUGUGUGCCAAGCAUGGCCUCGAGUACCAGUGCAAGCCUCUGCUCACAGCCUUCGCAGACAUCGUGCACUCCCUGAAGAGCUCAGGAGAGCUCUGGCACAAUGCCUAUCUGCACAAAUAAAGGACAAGGCUUGAUGCUACCAUUCAGAGCCUGCCAUAACUGCAUUCCCAGCAAGCUGAGGGGCAGAGACCACAAGGGACUCUCUGGCAGAAGAUAGUGAGUAAGGACUGUGGGAUAAAAUUCCAAUAGAGAUGAAGCUGCCUGGAUUUUUCUUCUGGUUUUUCCUAGGGUUAAUGUUCAGAUAUUUUAAGAGUGGGCAGGACAAGCAGAAGGUGAAUUGUUAGGAGAGGGAGGAGCUCUUUGCUGACUGAGUCUGAGCAUUUCUGAGCCUAGGCAUGGGCUUAGGUCCUGGGCUGGUGGAGCUGCACGCACUUAACUUCACGUCAGAGGCCUCUGUGGUUUUUCCAUUGUUUGUUUUGUUUUCCUUGUGUGGAGGGUUUAAUGCUUAAUACAGCAUUUGCUUACUUUAAUUUGAAACUACAAAGGAUUUUGGAUUAGCAUGGUGUUCCUGCAAUGUGCUCAAACCACAAUAAAUUAGGAUAAACUACAAACAACA